UGCCUGCCUAUAGGCUGUUCGCUUACAAGCUUACAGCAUAAAGUGGCGCACGUAGGCUACCUUACCCUAACCAUAUCCGUACGCAUGCUUGUUUUGCUGCAAUAAGAGGAACGUUCACAGGUUGUCAGCAUGUUAACUUGUAGGCUAUUAUUUGUUUUCUACAUAAUGUUUUACUCUAGCCUAUAUAGCGCGCUCUCCCGUGAAACCAACGGCUGUCGACAGGUGUCACUAUACCCACGCGCUCUGUGAAGUGAAAACACCUGCAGGCCUGAUUGAACACAGUAGGUCCUACAAAAAGUACAAGUAGGCCUAAUAAGUCACGUUUUUCAAAUUAGCCUGCAUAAUGCAAGAUGAUUUUCUUUCUGAUAUUUUGGAGAAUUACGUAAAAUAGCUGUUCAUCUGAUAUUCGGCUUGAUACGACAUUUCUCUAGAGCCUACUAUUAAGUGUUUAAUCAAUGUAUCAAAGUCACACAAGGUUAUUAAUCUUAAUCUAACUAAAAACACCAAAAGCUACAAAAUACGGACAUGGGCUUGCUGUAUAGCCUAGAAAAUCCGGGUUUCAGAAGAUCUUUGCUUUUAUUUCCACGUGGUUUAUCAGUGGGUGCUAAGCAACGCCAACUUGGAGGCUGGUGUUAUAAAAGCGAGGGAGUGGCAGCAACCCAACACAGCACAGCACAAGGGGAGUGUUUCCACAGACAGCGGCACAGCAGUCUAAUAUGAUUAUUGCGCUAUUAGCUCAGUACAGGAGGCAGCCACAGAUAGACUGUGGGCAACUCUGGAGGGAGGUUGCAAAAAGCUCGGGCUCAUCCGUGCACCUUCACAACGAUGCGCAAUGAGAAUUUAUUUGGCACACCAGCUUGUUCAAUAUCAACUUUCUUGGAAAUUAAGUUAUUAUCCGGUUAACCUUAAUUUGGAAAUCCCAGUCAAACGGAGAGAGUCCGGAUUGAUAACGGGGAAAAUGACUGAUUCUGCCACAUAUCCAGUUGAUUUAUGAUUGAAGGGAAGUUUUAUGGUUGCUGUUAUUCGAGCACAGGAGUACUUGCCGACCUGUGAGGUAUAAUGGAUCACUUCCAAUAAGGUCACGUGAUUCUCCCUUUGGAACCAGAAGUCCAUGAUGGGGUGUGACAAUGUGACUAAUGGAAGUCUUCCUGGAGGCCCCUCUUACAGCAUCGAGGUCUCCGUGCCCCUGACAGUGCUCGUGGGACUGUUAAUCCUCCUGACAGUAUUUGGAAAUGUGCUUGUCGUCAUCGCAGUGUUUACAAGCCGGGCCCUCAGAGCCCCCCAGAACUUGUUCCUGGUCUCUUUGGCAUCGGCUGACAUCUUGGUGGCCACCCUCGUCAUGCCAUUCUCGCUGGCCAACGAACUAAUGGGCAACUGGUACUUUGGCAAGGUGUGGUGUGAGAUCUACCUGGCCUUGGAUGUUCUCUUCUGCACAGCGUCCAUAGCUCACCUGUGUGCCAUCAGCCUGGACCGCUACUGGUCCAUCACCCAGGCCAUCGAAUACAACCUCAAGCGCACGCCCCGCCGGAUCAAAUGCAUCAUCUUCAUCGUGUGGGUCAUCGCCGCCGUCAUCUCCUUCCCACCCCUGAUCACCAUGGAGAAGGAGAACGCCAACGAAGAGGGGCCCGUGUGCAAGAUCAACGAGGAGAGGUGGUACAUCAUCUCCUCCAGCAUCGGCUCCUUCUUCCUGCCCUGCGUCAUCAUGAUCCUGGUCUACAUCCGCAUCUACCAGAUUGCCAAAAAGAGGACCAGGGCCCCCCCAGGGGAUCGCAAGAAGAAGGAGGCCUACAAGAAGGAGAAUGGCAUCGUGUGCCCAGCGGGUGGUGUUGGUGGUGGCGAAGGCCAUAAACCAUACCAUGAGAGGCUGAAUGGGCAGCCAAAGCCCGAGGAGGAGGUGGUGGUGGUGGGGGAGGACAAAGGCCAGAUCAACGGUGUGGACAUGGAGGAGUCGUCCUCCUCGGACCACAAGGUGAGCAACCCCUGCUCCAUGAAGAAAAAAAAAGCCAAAGGCAAGACCAAGAUAAGCCAGAUCAAGCCGGGAGACAACCUCCCCAAGCUGGAGGCUCGGCAGAGCAUCAAAGGGAGCCGCUGGAAGGGUAGGCAGAACCGCGAGAAGCGCUUCACCUUCGUGCUGGCCGUGGUCAUCGGGGUGUUCGUCAUCUGCUGGUUUCCCUUCUUCUUCACCUACACGCUGACGGCCCUGUGCGAGUCCUGCUGUGUUCCCAUCACACUCUUUAAGUUCUUCUUCUGGUUCGGUUACUGCAACAGUGCCCUGAACCCCAUCAUCUAUACCAUAUUCAACAACGAUUUCAGAAGGUCUUUCAAGAAGAUUCUGUGCAGGGGUGACAGGAGGCGAGUGGUGUGACAAUUGCUGCCAUUUGUAUGUUUCAACGGGCUGUACAUUUCAUUGUGCAUAGAUAAAUGGCUUUAGUUUCCCCUGUGACAUAUUACCUUAAUGUGUUGAAAGGCAUUUUUCGGGAAAGACUAUGUUUGCUGUUAGCAUUGAUAUGUUGUGUGUCAUUUGAAAUGUUGGCCUGUGAUUAUGAAUCCUGAAACAUUUUUCUAUCGUUGUGUAAAUGCUUCAGUCACACAGAGGCAUUUCAUGUGCUAUUGUAAGAAUCAAGCUAUUUUCAUUGUAUUAAAAUGUAUUUCUCUUUAUUGUCUUGAA